AAAAAGCAUGUUCUUACGCAAUACUAUUAUCAUGAAGCAUAUCAAAGGUGGGGCAGCGAUUGCCUCGCCGAGCUCCUUUCUCCUCCAGAAACAAAACGUUGCUAGCUACAUGGCGAGUUCAGGGAAGGUUGGUGGAGACGAGAAAUGGGCUCAAGCUGCAAUGGAGUACAUAUACGAAAAAAAUCACCUUAACGACAGUAGAAAGCGUCAAUCGGAUGUUGACCAGGAGCGCGGUAUGGCAGAUGCGUACGACCGCUUUCGAAUGGUUAACGAAGCCGCGUUUGACGAGCGGCUCUCCAAACUUAUUUCUCGUAUGUCGGAGGCACUUGAGGUAGUACGUGAACUUGGGUUGGAGAAUUGCCUUGAAGAAGCCGUGCUGUUAAACACCGAGCAACCUCCGGGGUUGUUUCGCUCACCCGCGCUCUCCCCGCCAGUCAUGGGCUAUGAACCAGGAUUCGGGUUUGAUAUCCCGCAACUUAGAUCUAGGCAAGCGGAGUACCCCCCUGUUCGCCGUCCGACAGACUACAUCAAUUCUAAUAGUGAUAAUGAGCAAUCUACAGAUGAUGAGGAUGCCUCUGAACUCUUUCCAUUCGUUAGUACGCAUAAGAUUGAGGAUCUCGUUCGUCUCUGCACGGAUAAGCUGGAUGAACAGCACAGAACUAUACGUGAGGCCGCCCCUAUCACAGGUGUGGAAGGAGAAGCCUGGGAGGCGUACGUUGCGCUGCAGCGCAAGGCUCUCGCGCGCCAACAGCUGAUCAUUGACUUGAGCAAUAACCCGGAACUACAUAUGAGGUACCAUGAAGAUGAGGAGUUUCGGCGAGAAGAAUGGGAAAGGCGAGGUUUGUUACCGUUGUUAGUUGAGCCCGUGGCCGCUCAAGAUGCCGAAGAUCCCCAUUUUGCCCAAGAACCUGCCUACAACCCAUUCCGAAAAGCGUAACCGCAGGGCUGAAGUGAUAGAGGAUUGAAUUGUGUCAUGGACAUUCGGGAAGAGUAGAAACCACAAAAUGAAUGGCAGACCUUCAACACAUUUUCCUACAAACCUCAUUCCGGUGUUCAGUACUGCGUAAAGAAUUGAUAAUAUGAUAUGAAUGUUGAGUAAAAAGCUUUUCUCCGUGUAUCUGUAUCAGCUUGAUUCCUUUGGCUGCUUUGCGAUGCCCAUAUCU